AGACGUUUUAUAAUCGUCAUUUUCUGUUAGCUCAACGAAAUAUAUUGACAGGGAUAAUCAUUUUGUGGUUGAGCUUUGCUGUAUUUGAUUUCGAGGCACCAUGGAAAGAUGGGUGGGACGCGUUGCCUUGGUUACUGGAGCAUCAAGCGGUAUUGGUGCAGAGAUGACGAGAACCUUGGUGAAGAGAGGAAUGAAGGUAGUUGGCUGUGAUAGGACUAUUGAAGGAAUAGAGGCAAUUGCUGAAGAGUUAAAAGACGAGAAGGGGUCUGUACUACCAAUUCAAUGUGACCUGAGGGAUACCGAGCAAAUCGCUGCAAUGUUCAAGAAAAUUCGACAGACUGAUGACUUUGGAGGCGUGGAUGUAUGUGUCAACAAUGCAGGAGUUGCUUACCCUGCUCCACUAGCUGAGGGGGAUGAAGAGAAGUGGAGGGCAAUGUUAGAAUUGAAUGUUCUUGGACUAUCAGUUGUCACAAGAGAGGCUAUCAAGUCCAUGAAGGCUCGGAAUGUCGAUGAUGGACAUAUUAUACAUAUGAAUAGUAUGAGUGGACACCGAGUAACGCCUAUGGCUGACACACAUUUCUAUUCGGCAACCAAAUAUGCUGUGACAGCAUUGACAGAGGGUCUGCGACAGGAGUUACGGGCAAUGAAAUCUAACAUUAGGGUCACGUCCAUCAGCCCUGGACUUGUGGAAACUGCAUUCUUUGAGGUGCUUUUUGAUGGUGACCAAAAGAAAAUAGAAAGUCUGUACAAGAGGGUAACACCUUUACAACCAUCCGAUGUGGCAGAUGCUCUGCUCUAUGCCCUGAGUGCUCCAGCCAGGGUUCAGGUUCAUGAUAUUCUUAUCAGACCUACCGAUCAACCACUCUAAAUUGAGUCUAUUGAUUCCCUUAAGAACAAUUCGGAAUACCUUCAUGUGCUUUCACUUGUGGUGCAGAUUCUCAAGGAGAACUUUUUAAUCGUGUGAGAGCCAGCUAGUAAAAAAUACAUGUAAUAAUGCUUUCAUCACCAUCUGUUGGAGGUCCACAACCGGUGCCAAAUGACAAAGGAUGCUGUAACUAGAAAUUGUUUCCAUUUACCGAGGCCCCAUCCUAAUUGUGGAGUACAGACCCACUUUACUGGGUUUAACUUGUAGCGGUGGAUUGCCUAGCAGCUCAUUUCCCAAGGCUAGUUAUCAUAGUUCUAGUUUCUUUUACUACAUAUAUAGUGCAUAAAAUGGUGCUAUUGUGAUCUACUAUUACUACUAUUUAUCCUGUAAACAGCAUCAAAGGAAUACAUUCUAUCUGAAAUUAUGAGUUGAGGAGGGAACCAUUGGUACCAGUAUUUAUUUUUUCUUCAACUCCACAUUGUAUAAAUCAUUGAAAAUGUAAA